GAGGGCACUUCCGGGAGGCGGUGGCAGCGCGCCGCACGUGACGCGGCGCUUGCGCGGGCCGCUUGUCAUGUGACCUACGGUGGUGUCGGGCAGGAGGUUGGAGUCACUUGGGGGGUGCUUCCCCCGCCCCCCCCCAGGCCAUGGAAGCCUCCCGUCCCCCCAGGGUGGUGCCGGGUGAAGCCUCUGAGAGCGACUCUGAGCCGGAGCUGCAGGUGGGGGCGAGCGGGGGGGCCCCGGGGGCCGGGCUGAAAGUGCCGGGGGAAGCCUCGGAGACCGAAGAGGAGGAAGAGGAGGAAGAAGACGGGGUUCAGAGCACCAGCCCCCCCCCAGUGCUGCCUGAGGAACCGGCGCCGCUUUGGGGGGGCGGCAGGGGGGGGCCCUCGCUGCUGCAGCAGCGGCUGCGGGAGGGCUCGGGGCGGCUGCGGGGGGCGGUGGGCAGCGCCCUGCGGCAGAGCUACGGGGGGGCGGCGCGACAUUUGGGGGGGCUGGGAGGGGCCCUGGGCAGGGCCCAAGCGGCCGCCGCUGCCGCCGCUCACUGCCUGCGCCUGGCCCGGCGCGACCUGCGGGCUGUGGCCGCCACCGUGGACAUCGUCACCGGCUGCCACCUCCUGCCCGAGAUCCGCGGGGAGCUGCCCGCGCCCUGAGCAGUGCCAGUGGGGGCAGGACUGGGACGGACUGGGAGCGGCACUGGGACACGCUGGGAGCAGUGCUGGGACGGACUGGGAGCCGCACUAGGAUGGAGUGGGAGAGCGGCACUGGGAGCCGCACUGGGGCGCACGGGGAGCAGGACUGGGAGUGAGAGCAGCGCUGGAAUGGACUGGGAGCUGCACUGGGACACGCUGGGAGCAGUGCUGGGAUGCACCGGGAGUGGGGCUGGGACUGGCACUGGGAUUGGCGCCGGCGCUGAGACUGGCACGGGGACGGACCGGGAGCAGCACCGGCACUGAGCUCAGGACCAGGAGCAGCACCGGCACUGAGCUCAGGACCGGGAGCAGCACCGGCACUGAGCUCAGGACCGGGAGCAGCACUGGCACUGAGCUCAGGAUCAGGAGCAGCACCGGCACUGAGCUCAGGACCGGGAGCAGCACCGGCACUGAGCUCAGGACCGGGAGCAGCACUGGCACUGAGCUCAGGAUCAGGAGCAGCACCAGCACUGAGCUCAGGACCGGGAGCAGCACCGGCACUGAGCUCAGGACCGGGAGCAGCACCGGCACUGAGCUCAGGACCGGGAGCAGCACCGGCACUGAGCUCAGGACCGGGAGCAGCACCGGCACUGUGGUCGGCACUGGGACUGGGAGCGGCACUGCGAUCAGCACCGGCACUGGGACUGGGAUCAGAAUCGGGACUGGAAUUGGUGCCGGGACUGAGACUGGGAUUGGCACCAGCACUGAGAUCGGGACUGGGAUCAGCACCAGGAUCUGCAGGAUCAGGCACCAUCACUAAAACCGGGACUGGGAUCGACACCAGGACUGGGAUCAGCACUGGGACCGGGAUUGGCACCAGGAUUGGGCACUGGGAUCCUUGGGAUUGGCCUGGGGCCAGCACCAGCACUGAGAUCACUGGGAUCAGGACACAGACGGGGAUCGGGCUUCGAGGCUGGGGUUGUCCCCAAAAUCCCCGGUGCCGAGGUGGCAGCAGGUGCCACCCCCCGAAUGGGGACACACACACCCCACCCCCACUCUGGUGAUAUUGUCACCGAUGCCACCACCACCCAACCGCAGCCCCCCGCCCCAGCACUGUCCCCAAAUGUCCCCAUUGUGCGUGACCCGGAGCAGAAUAAAGCCAUGGGGGUGUCACAGCCCCAAGCCCUG